CACUGGGCAAGGACAUUCAUCUGUUCUGUGUGUGAGAAGGGAUCCAAUCGGUCUUCCCACCUGUGGACACCCCAGUCAGUUCACACUGGGCAGAGGCUAUUCAUCUGCUGAAUUUGUGGGGAAGGAUUCAUUCGGUCAUUUGACCUAAUGGCUCACCAGCGAGUGCAUACCGGGAAGCGGACAUUCACCUGCUCAGAUUGUGGGAAGGGAUUCACUAAAUCAUCUCAGCUACUGAAACACCUGUCAGUUCACACUGGGCAGAGGGAUUUCACCUGCUCAGAUUGUGGGAAGAGAUUUCCUCACUCUUCCACCCUACAGAGACACCAGUCAGUUCACACUGGGGAGAGGCCAUUCACCUGCUCAGUCUGUUGCAAUACAUUCACUCAGUCAUCCCACCUACAGAGACACCAGUCAGUUCACACUGGGGAGAGGCCAUUCACCUGCUCAGACUGUGGGAAGAGAUUCACUCAGUCAUCCCACCUACAGAGACACCAGCAAGUUCACAGUGGGGAGAAGCCAUUCACCUGCUCAGACUGUGGGAAGAGAUUCACUCAGUCAUCCGCCCUAUUGGCACACCAGUCAGUUCAUACUGGGGACUGGCCAUUCACCUGCUCAGAAUGUGGAAAGGGAUUCACUCGGUCAUCCGAAGUACUGGCACACCAGUCAGUUCACCGUGGGGAGUGGCCGUUCACCUGCUCAGAAUGUGGAAAGGGAUUCACUCGCUCUUCCACCCUAUUGGCACACCAGCGAGUUCACACUGGGGAGCGGCCGUUCAGCUGCUGUGAAUGUGGGAAGGCAUUCACACGACUGUCUCAUGUACUGAAACACCAGCAAGUUCACACUGUGUAGAGGCCGAUCACAUGCUCAGACUUUGGGAAAGGAUUCUCUCAGCCAUCUCCACCAAAUCUGCAUCAUUGAAUUCACACUGGGAAGAGGCCUGCUGUAAAUGUGGGGAGGGACUCACUCAGUUAUCUAACCUUGUGACAUACUACCGGGUUCACACUGUGGAGGAAGUUUCAAUAAGCUGCAUGCUGGAUAUUUGUCCAUCACUGUUGCUGAAUGCAAUUUCGAGAGUGACUGUUGGUGCUGAACUCUGCAAUUAUUGCUGCUGCUCACCACACCCAGUUCCACAUUUUAAUUCCACAUCCCAUUCCCAUUCUGACAUGUCUAUUCACGGCCUCCUCUACUGUAAAGAUGAAGCCACACUCAGGUUGGAGGAACAACACCUUAUAUUCCGUCUGGGUAGCCUCCAACCUGAUGGCAUGAACAUUGACUUCUCUAACUUCCGCUAGGCCCCACCUCCCCCUCGUACCCCAGCUGUUACUCCUUUUUAUGCACACAUUCUUUCUCUCACUCUCCUUUUUCUCCCUCUGUCCCUCUGAAUAUACCUCUUGCCCAUCCUCUGGGUCACCCCCCCCCCGUCUUUCUCCCUAGGCCUCCUGUCCCAUGAUCCUCUCGUAUCCCCUUUUGCCUAUCACCUGUCCAGCUCUCGGCUCUAUCCCUCCCCCUCCUGUCUUCUCCUAUCAUUUUGCAUCUCGCCCUCCCCCUCCAGCUUUCAAAUCCCUUACUCACUCUUCCUUCAGUUAGUCCUGACGAAGGGUCUCGGCCUGAAACGUCGUCUGCAAUUAUUGCUGCUGCUCACCACACCCAGUUCUGCACCCUGGUCACUGAGCAUGGGAGGAGUUUCUUCUGCUGCAUAUUCACCUUUCAUAGGACUGGAGUUUAAUAUUCUGGAUCUGAGACAAAUAAAUCAGUUCUAUUUUAAACUCUGUCUUUGGUACUUAGUGAAUUAAUAACACACCUAGUGUACAGUAGAGAGUCAACUCAGGCUGGCUGGACCCUGCCAGUGAUUUUGUUCCAUGGCAGUCCAUUUAAAUCUCCCCCUGUUGGUCAUCUCUCACUCUCCCUGCGGUGAUUUGUUCCAAACAGUCACUAUUCUGUGGGUGAAGAGGUUUCCCUUGAAUCUUCUGCAGACUGAAGAAGUUGAGCUGACUGCAGUUCUGUCUAAGAUAAUCUUCACCCUCAAAUCUCUGGGCUGAGGAAGAAUGACAUUGGUAGUUAACCUCCUUAUUCACGGCACGUUUGCACAUUAUGGGUCAUUUCCCCUAAAGACUGAAAGCAGAAUAGAAAACCAUUAGUUGGAUGUUCAACAAUGCAGGGUCAGAAACCAGAGGCGGGUAUACACAGGGCAGAGUUUGGGGCUCUGGACGAUAGUUGGGGUAAGAACGUAUGAUGAGGAGAAGGGAAUCAGCAGCGGGGCAUGGCAGCGAACAACAGAGUAGCAACAUUUGGAAGCUGAUUGACUGAGAAAAUAUUUUGAAACAAUACCUGUUGUGAAGUGCUCCAUUGGUCAAGAAAAAUGUGUGUGUUGUGAAUGGUUUUAUCUAUUGAGGGAGUUGUUCCUGCUUGUUUAUCCUGUAAUAUUAUAUGUGGAUAGUUAUUAUGGAUUGUCCUAUCUGAAAUAAUAUACUGAUUAUCAUAUAAUUUGUAAGAUUUUGACUAAAACUGGAUCAAGCUUGAAUUUAUGUGCCUUUAUGAAGUGAUGGAGGGCAUUCAUGAGUUUGUAUUUUAAAGAAAGAUUUUGGUGAAUGAUAUUUGCCACUUGAUUGUACCUUUGUAAGUAAUCAGAUUGAGUUAAACUGAUGCAGGAUCCUGGAAUGUAUUGGAUUGUGUCUGGUUUCUCUUGGCAUUUUCUGCACUUACUGCCUUGUUUGUUUGUAUUUCAUGUAUUUUCAUUUUUUUUUUCCUUUUGUUAACCGCCUUGUCCUGUAUUUCUGCAAGGAACCCCUCUGUUUCUGGGAAGAGUUCUUCAACUCUCAGUCAGGUGCUCGAUGCUUCCUUGUCACCGUCUCGUCUGCUCAGAUCGUUGAGAUGCCUCCCAUGGAGGGUCAUACUCAUUCCACUGGUUAAUGUUUUCUUCCAUAGUGAUGAUUCAUUUUUCUGAGUUGGUCUCGCAUUGAAGUUUUCUGGUUUGUAUUACUUAUCAUGAUUACAUAUACACACAUGGAGUGUUGAAUCCUGUUCAUUUUUGAUGAAAAUAUAUACUUAGAAUUUUUAUCUGACUGUUGUGUGAUUUUUUUUCAUGUGUUAUUUCUCUUCCUCCUUCUAUCCAAGGUAGUGUUAAUCUAAGUGGGUUUGAGUGUAAAUAGUUCUUAUUUAUCUUUGUAAAUGUUACUGAUUGAAAUGGGUCCGAGAUAUUUUUAUUUUAAAAA